UCUUGUCUAAAUCGGAAAAUCCACUCGCCGUUUCUCACUUUCAAAAAUUUCAAUGUCUUUCACCUCUCACUCAAUCUCUCCGUCUCCGAAAUCCGCCAUGAAAGCACCUCCAGAGCCAACCCCAAAACCCUAGCGAAAUAGCCCCCCACCUAACACUCCAUGCACUGACCUCCAACUCUCUCUAUCUAUCCGAAAUGGGCUCUCUUGUUCCCUUCCUAGACCUUAACCUGCUCCCAGACCCACCCACCGCGAGCGCCACCAAGACUGCUCUGGUGACCCCCAAAAUCGAGCCCAAGCUCGAACCCUCAGAUGAGCCGCUCGAGACUCACCAACCGACGCAACAACAAUCACUACUACAACAACAGACUCCUCAAGAACCGUUCUCUUGCAGCACUACCCCCAACAUCCUUUCCAAGUCCCAGCAUGCCCCUGUCACCUCCCAGCCCUCGUGCAUUUCUUCUGAGGAAGGCAACGUCUACUCUGAGUUCUGCCGAAUUUCGGAGCUCUUCCACUCCGCCUUCGCCAAGAGGUUGCAGCGUCACGGCGACGUCGACGUUUUGGAUCCCGAUUCUCGUGCAAUCGUCCCGGUCCCUCAGGAAGACAACAACAACCAGGUUUCAACCCUCGUCGUUUCUCGGAGGCGGCCCCCCCACCAGCGCUCCGCGGAGCUCGUCCGCGUCACCGAUCUUGGCAUCGAGGACCAGCGCUACUUCCGGGACGUCGUCCGGCGGACCCGAAUGAUAUUCGACUCUCUCCGCGUCUUAUCUAUGACGGAGUACGAGAAGCGCCGACUGGGCGAGCCCGGCCUCAGCCGCCGGGUACGUGGAGAUCUACGCGCCGCGUCCGUCUUGCGUGACCGUGGUAUGUGGCUCAACCGCGACAAGCGUAUCGUCGGCUCGAUCCCGGGGAUAUACAUCGGCGACUUGUUUUUCUUCCGAAUGGAAUUGUGCGUAGUCGGCUUGCAUGGUCAAGCCCAAGCCGGAAUCGAUUACGUCCCCGCCAGCCAGAGCUCGAACGGCGAGCCAAUAGCAACCAGCAUAAUCGUAUCCGGUGGGUACGAAGACGAUGAGGACGCGGGGGAUGUGAUAAUCUAUACGGGUCAAGGCGGGCAGGAUAAGUUCUCGAGGCAAUGCGUGCAUCAAAAGCUAGAAGGUGGGAAUUUAGCAUUGGAGAGAAGCAUGCAUUACGGGAUUGAAGUGAGGGUUAUCAGAGGAAUUAAGUACGAGGGCGGCCUUACGAGUAAGGUUUAUGUUUACGAUGGCUUGUAUAGGAUUCUUGAUUGUUGGUUUGAUGUGGGAAAGUCCGGUUUUGGGGUUUACAAAUAUAAGCUGUUGAGAAUAGACGGGCAGGCUGAGAUGGGUAGCUCCAUUUUGAGGUUUGCUGAGAGUCUCAGGACUAGGCCGUUGGUGGCGAGGCCCGCUGGUUAUCUUAGCCUUGAUGUCUCGGCGAAGAAGGAGAAAGUGCCGGUUUUGCUCUUUAAUGACAUUGAUGCUGAUCAGGAACCUAUGUAUUAUGAAUAUCUUGUGAGGACGGUGUUCCCACCUUAUGCAUUCAAUCGGACGGGGAAUGGUACCGGAUGUGAAUGCGUUUCGAGUUGUACCGACGAUUGCUUUUGUGCUACCAAGAAUGGAGGAGAGUUUGCUUACGAUCAUAAUGGGAUUCUGUUGAGAGGGAAGCCCGUUAUUUUUGAAUGUGGUCCCUUUUGUAGGUGCCCUCCUACUUGCCGCAACCGUGUUACUCAAAAUGGGUUGAGAUAUAGGUUCGAAGUGUUUAGGUCGAGGGAGACGGGUUGGGGAGUUAGGUCCUUGGAUUUGAUACAAGCUGGCGCUUUUAUAUGUGAAUAUGCCGGGGUUGUCCUGACAAGGGAUCAAGCUCAGAUUUUGUCGAUGAAUGGUGACACAUUGAUUUACCCAAAUCGUUUUUCGAGUAGAUGGGCAGAAUGGGGGGAUUUAUCUCAGAUAUUUACUGAUUAUGUGCGUCCGUCAUUUCCCUCAAUUCCUCCAUUGGAUUUUGCAAUGGAUGUAUCUAGAAUGAGAAAUGUUGCUUGUUAUAUGAGCCAUAGUGAAACUCCGAAUGUGUUGGUGCAGUUUGUGCUAUAUGAUCACAAUAGCUUGAUGUUCCCUCACCUAAUGCUGUUCGCAAUGGAGAACAUCCCUCCUUUGAGGGAGCUCAGCCUUGAUUAUGGUGUGGCUGAUGAAUGGACAGGGAAGCUAUCCAUCUGUAACUGAAUAAUUUUGAAGAAUUGAUGCAUUUUUUAAUGUGAUGCAGUGCUGGGUCUGGGGGACACGACGCACUGAGUGUCAUUUACAGCCCAUUUGGUCGGUGAAGUUUUGGGAGGAGUGGAAUGAAAAGCAAUGAUGAGGGUGUACCUUCCGUUACAAAUUGUCACCUGGCUUUCUAAAUUUCUGGUCUUCUUUUUCCCUCAAAAUAGAUGCUGCUAGUGUGAUUUCUUGAUCAGAGUAUCAUAAAAGCUUUGACGGGAUAUAUCUCAUAUGUGACUGUUUUCUUGGACUGACUACACAAUACUGGCUGUCCCCAGCCGGUGAGGAAAUUUGACAACCGGAGAUUUUGUAAGCCACAGAAACCUGCUUCCAGGCCGACAUUGACACAUUUUAAGAAAUUGCUGUAAUCCCUUUUCUGGACUUUGGGGGAAAAGUCUUUCUGCAAGCUAUUUCCACCAGGCUGGUCGCAAUGUAAGUUUUAUGCUCGACUGUAAGAACCUUUUUGUACUUUUAGCUUGUACAUAUGACUCUGCAAAAUUGGCUUGUAUAGAAAUUGUAUUGUGCAUGUGCAGAUGGAGGCGGCUUUUCCUUCUAUUAUUAUUACUAUUAUUUCAUUUGUACAUCUUAGUGGAUGAAUCAGGUAGGUUUUGUAGUUAUCUGGAGGGAAGAGUUCAAUAGAGUAUGUAAAAUAGCCAAUCCAUUACUUUUCUUUCUUCCGGAGAAAACUGCUGCCUUUGAUGUAUAUCAGUGGUUGGGGAUGCAAUUGCUUGAUCAUGUUUCCUUUA